UUUCGUGAUGUUUCCGUUCUAUUUUGCCCAUCUCCUCUACAUAUAUUCGUCUCUCUACCUCUCAUGGCGAUUUCGCGUUGGAUCUGAUUUCUCUCUCCAGGUUAAACAAUGGGCGUACCCGCGUUUUACAGAUGGCUUGCUGAUAGAUACCCUCUCUGCAUCGUAGAUGUCAUUGAAGAGGAACCAGUCGAAGGCGAUAAUGGCGUCUUACUACCCGUGGAUGUCUCUAAACCUAACCCUAAUAACACGGAGUUUGACAAUUUAUAUCUUGACAUGAAUGGGAUUAUUCACCCAUGCUUCCACCCUGAAGGCAAGCCUGCUCCAUCAACAUACAAUGAGGUAUUUAAGUCCAUAUUUGCUUACAUUGAUCACCUGUUUGCGCUUGUGCGUCCCAGGAAGCUAUUGUAUAUGGCUAUAGAUGGUGUCGCACCUAGAGCUAAAAUGAAUCAGCAGCGUUCUCGGCGCUUCAGGACUGCAAAAGAUGCUGCUGAUGCGGCAGCAGAAGAGGAGAGGUUGAGGAAGGAAUUUGAGGAACAAGGAAAAUUGCUUGCUCCGAGAGAGGAAAGAGAAACAUCUGACUCAAAUGUCAUAACUCCAGGGACUAAGUUUAUGGCUGUACUAUCAGCUGCACUUCAAUAUUACAUACACUCAAGACUCAAUUACAAUUUGGGUUGGAGUAACACAAAGGUUAUAUUAUCUGAUACCAACGUUCCCGGCGAGGGUGAACACAAAAUCAUGUCAUAUAUUCGUUUGCAACGUGAUCUUCCUGGUUUCAAUCCGAACACGAGACACUGUCUUUAUGGGUUGGAUGCAGAUCUCAUCAUGUUGUCUUUAGCUACUCACGAGGUCCACUUUUCAAUCUUAAGAGAGGUGGUUACCAUGCCAGGACAACAAGAUAAAUGCUUCAAUUGUGGUCAAGUUGGGCAUUUGGCUGCAGAAUGCAACGGAAAGUUGGGGGAGCAUUCCACAGAAUUGGAAGGCAAGGCAACAAAUGACACACCAAUUCAUAAAAAGAAAUACCAGUUCCUUAACGUCUGGAUAUUACGGGAGUACCUGAAGUAUGAUUUGGAUAUUCCUGAUCCACCAUUUGAGGUUAACUUUGAGCGUAUUGUUGAUGAUUUUGUCUUUCUGUGUUUCUUUGUGGGAAAUGACUUUCUUCCACACAUGCCUACUUUGGAGAUCCGUGAGGGUGCAAUAAACUUACUCAUGGCUGUUUACAGAAGGGAAUUUGGGGUGAUGGGUGGUUAUCUGACAGAUGCUGGUGAGGUUAACUUGGGAAGAGUAGAGCAUUUUUCUCAGUCUGUUGGAAUAUAUGAAGAUCAGAUAUUUCAAAAGCGUGCACGCAUUCAACAGGCAUUUGAGAACAAUGAAGAAUUGAAAUUCAAAAUGAGAAGAAAGCCAGCUGAAGAACCGCCAGUGUCUGUUCCAGAUAAGAUAAAGUUAGGAGAACCUGGGUAUAAAGAGAGAUACUAUGCUGAGAAGUUUGGAGUAAAUGCCCCCGAGAAGAUUGCUACUGUCAGGGAUGAAGUUGUGUUGAAGUAUGUGGAAGGGCUAUGUUGGGCCAUGCGAUACUAUUACCAAGGCGUUUGCUCUUGGCUAUGGUUUUACCCAUAUCAUUAUGCUCCUUUAGCAUCAGAUCUUAAAAAUUUAGCUGAUCUUGAGAUCACUUUUUUCAUGGGAGAGCCAUUCAAACCCUUUGAUCAACUAAUGGGGACACUUCCUGCUAAAAGUGCUGAUGCCCUACCUAAGUAUUAUAGGCUGAUGAUGACUGAUCCAACAUCGCCCAUUAAGUGCUUUUACCCAUCAGAUUUUGAGAUCGAUAUGAACGGGAAAAGAUUUUCAUGGCAGGGUAUAGCAAAACUGCCAUUUAUUGACGAGGUUCUACUGUGUGCUGAGACUAGAAAGCUUGAAUGCACUCUUACGGAAGAAGAAAGAAUUCGGAAUAGCAUAAUGUACGACUUGCUUUUUGUUUCUCAUCUUCAUCCACUGGCUGUACAAAUAAGUCCGCUAUAUUAUAUGCUUUAUCAUGUACCCAUCGGAGCAAGACCUGCUUAUCAGAUUGAUCCCAAUUACAGUGGCGGAAUGAAUGGGUAUCUCUGGUUGUGUGAGAGAAAUGUCUUUAGAGAAUUCAUCGUUUCUCCAAUUAAAGGUUUACGAAAUGUGGAGCGCAAUCAAGUCGUGAACGCGACAUAUUUCAGUCCUCCACCCCACAAACAUAUUCCAGAACCACCUGAAGGUGUAAGAAUGCCAGAAAAGUUUUUAACUCCACAAGACAUCAAACCCUUUCCAGUGUUAUGGCAUGAAGACAACAGCAGUCGGCGUCAACAAGUUAGGGAAAGGCCACAGGUGCCGAGGGCCAUAUCAGGUCCUCUUUUGGGAGAAGCGGUUCAUCGACUUCUAAAGAAUACAUUACAAAUAAGACCUAAUGGGCCGAGAACAAUUCGGCCUCAGUAUAACAAUGGCCCUGGGAUUUUCGAGUCCCCAUAUAAAGCUCCUCUGCCCAAUUUCCCUCACUACAAGCCAAGACUAGCAGGUCCCUUGGGUUAUGAAAGGGGUUCCAACCGAUACCCAUCCCCUAAUUAUCGACCACAUUAUAGUAAUCCUCAACAUGCAUCGUCUUGUAAUCAUAUUAGUGCAGUUCCUGUGUCUAGUGCUCCCGAGUCUUCUGCCCAAGCCACAAGAGUACAAGAGAGCUUUAACAAAAGCACAGAAUAUGAAGGCAUGGGUGAAGCCAUACAAAGAUUGACUAUCGAAGAUAAUCGGCAGGGGCUAUUUUCCCCACCAAAUUCCACCAAUUUUCCGAGGAUGGGGGGUCCAGGAUUCCGGCAAGAUCGGCUGGACAUUAGAGGUGGCGCCUCACCGCCUUUGCCUCCUGCUAAGUGGAUCCAGCCAAGUGGUGGCAAUGUGGGGGAUAAGUAAUAUAAUGAGAAUAAGCAGGUGAAACAGGUUUAUCAGGUUAAGACUCAGGCUCGUGAGAAUCUGCAUCCUGAUUCUGGCAGCUAGAGGUGACUUAAUCUGCAAUUAACUGGGAUUUGAGUCUAAUCUGCCCGAUUCUCGCUGCUAGAUGUGUAGUUAAGUUGUAAUUAAGUUGGAAUUGAGCUCUCGCUCGCCCUUCAAAAAAUCCAUCUAAUGCCUGCAGCUUGAUGUGAGUUCCAUGCAAUUACCUGGUGGAUGGUGCUGGAUUUGAGGUGUCUUCCUCUCCUACCUGUGGGUUUCCAGGGUGUAGCCUGUGUGCUCUAAACUUGAUGCGUCCUCCAAACUUCUAGAAAGAAAGCAAUUGUGUGUGUAGUUUUUUUAA